CUACCGAUCACAAUCUUUGGACCGAAGAAUAGCGAUUGCAAUAGACAAUAUGGAAAUGCAUAAAACAUUGAAAGGACGAGCUCCUAAGAUUUCUCAGGACCUCAUAUUAUUCGGCUCACAACAUGAUUUAUUUCUUCUUGAUCCUAAAUCAAAUCUAUCUAUUCAGAGUUCAUUAAGGAAUGUCGUUUGUAAGGGUGAUCCAAGAAGAGCGAGAUAUUUAGACUCAAAUGAUCGAUUAAAUAUGGUUGAGGGGAUUGAACGCUAUUAUCUUCAUGACGAAAAACUCAUACCUCAGACUCCUUUACCAAACGCACCAUUGAUAG